GUAGAUACGACCACGAAAAACAUGAUUGUCGGAGUACAUAAGACAGACAAGAUGCUUUGCCUUAAGCAGCAGAAAAUUGCCUCUACAUUUCAAAAACUUGACAGACAGUGAAAAUCACUACUAAAGAUUUAUGAAACAUUUAACAUAUGUUAAGAUAAGGUUGCCUACCAAAGUGGACUAAAUUUUGGGCGCAAGGAAGGUUAGUAGGCCUAGGCCUUGUACUUUCGGGACAUGCUAGUAAUUUCUUUUCCAUUAAAACACAAAUCUCCCAAUUUUGUUGUUUGAAAUUUUGAAAUUCUGGUGUUUAAAAUUGAUUUUGUAACCUCAGUUAACUUAUCAACAACAAAGUGUGUGUUUUGAUCCAAAGUCAUCUUCUGGUUUUGAAGUGUUUCGCACUGGACAACAAUUUUCUAGGCGUCCAAGUCUUUCAGGCGUCAUUGUGAAAUGGUCUAACUUCGAAUAUGAAUAAAUAGAAACUUUGAAUACGCACUCAUUUCUUUUCGCUAUUUGAAUGCGUAAACUGUCACAGCAAACCACGCUCUGUUUACGCCAUUGCUCAUUUUGGUCAUGUAGAUGCCGCAUAUUUUACGCAUAAUUAAUUUUCCCAGAGAUCCUGCGAAAACGCUCGUACACGAGUUUGUUCUAGGUUACACAGACCCUCUACUUUCAAGUUAGAGGGCUGAGACACAGACUAGAUGACCAUUUCUCCCGAGUUCCACAUCAUUUCCGCUUCUGAUUGUUGACGUAGUUGUUGUACCCAUUCCUUUCUAUGAAAAGGGUCAAUGUUAUUAAAACUAUUAAAGAGACAAACUUGGCUUGAGAGUGUUAUUUUUAAAUUUAAAGAAGAAUGAAAUUGCUAUGCCUUGAAAGACUAGGCUUCAUCAACCUUUUGCUAAACUGUGCCAGUUAAAAAAAUAAACAUAUGCGCUUGUGCACACUUUAUUGAGAUAUGAUCUUUUGCGUGGAAUUAAAUAAUCGAUAGCUGGGCCAAAGAUCUUUAAAGUUUUCGCUUGUAAAACGAUUUUUUCAGUUGAAAAACAUAUAUAAAUAAAGCAAAAUCUCAAGAAUAUGAGAAAUGUGUGUCUUGUUUAUAGGAGAGUAAGGUUCACCAAAAAACUGGCUGGGUGCAACUUCAAUAAUUUAAUAAACGCAUCAAUAAGGGCUUUCGACUGCUGAAUACGGGCGGCUGAAUUUUUUUGAAAAUCUAUCAUCAGAAAUUUGAGGGUUUCCGCAUGCUCAAUGUAAACUAACAAAAGUUAAGGAGGAUCUUGAUUUAGCUGUUAAAAAAUUAGCUGCGCUUCUUUUAUUGUGCAUUAUUGUCUUUCUUCCGUACAUUUCCCGAGAGUACCACAAGGCUCUAUCUUCGCGCUUUCUCUACUUGCAAAAUGGCUGUGGCCUCUACUUAAAGAUUUGUAACCUCCUUUUCGUUCUAUCACAUGUUGUCAACAGUAUUGAAAACAAAUUCAUUACAAAGACAAUCGUUGAAGCUGAAAAAGUCAUUAGCAAGCCAAAAGAAAUGACCAUAGAUUAAAAGCUAAUUAUAUUCGUCUAUGAUAUAGUGAAAACAAUAAGAAAGUUUUCGCGGCACCAGAAUUCUGCUCGUAAUCUGAGAAGAAAGUGAAGAAGUUGUUGCUGAAGACUGCAAAUGAUCAAAGAAAACACAACUCAGGUGAUUGUUCUGCAAUCUAAAAGCGCACAUGGCUUCUCCUCAGGAAAAUGGUGUGGAAAGCAGCUGCAGAGUGAUCAGCGGUGAAAAGACACAAAAUGGAGAGCCAAAAAAUAAAACAUCAAGAGUGAGAAGGCUCUCAAAGAGGCUUUCAGCUUACUUUUCCUCCUUAACAUUCACUGAAGAGUCCAAUGAGAUGCAAGCCCAGCUACUCAUGUUAAGAAACAUGGAUCCAAGAAAACUGCUUCUUAAAAAGCUGCUGCAAACUAAACCGCAGACAAAUGGAGAUUCUACGUCACCACUAUGCAAAGAUGGAAGAGCAGGAUUCUACGUCGGUACUUAUAAUGCACCGCGAUCACGGGCGAUGUCAGAAUCGGAUUCAAUGAGAAGAAAACUUAUUGAAGAAGACAUAAUGAGUGGUAGCAAGUUGUGUGGGUUUGAAGCCGCUUCAGCUUCGAACAGCAAAACAGAGGGAGGCAAGAAUUAUCAUCAAUCCGUCAGAAGAGUUUCAUCAAUGCCAAUCACGUGCUCUCCUUCUCAAACUACGCCACCAUUUGACCGUCUGCAUCUCUAUGAGAAGCUGGAACAACUUGGAGAAGGAUCUUAUGCAACUGUUUACAAAGGAAUAAGCAAGGUAAACAAAAUGUAUGUUGCACUGAAGGAGAUUCGUCUUCAACAAGAAGAGGGCGCCCCUUUUACCGCCAUUCGUGAAGCCUCGCUUCUGAAGCAACUAAAGCACGUCAACGUUGUCCGCCUUCAUGACAUCAUCCAUACAAAUAGAAAUUUAACAUUGGUUUUUGAAUAUCUGCACACUGACCUUUGCCAGUAUCUUGAAAAAUAUCCAAAUGGACUGCACAAGCAAAACGUAAAGCUGUUCCUGUUUCAACUUCUGCGUGGUUUAUCGUACAUCCACAAAGGAAGAAUUUUGCAUAGAGAUUUAAAGCCACAAAACCUUUUACUGAGUGAGCAAGGAGACCUGAAAUUGGCGGAUUUUGGCCUAGCAAGAUCGAAGACCGUCCCAUCAAGAACAUACUCCAGCGAAGUUGUGACCUUAUGGUAUAGGCCACCAGACGUGCUGUGCGGCUCCAAAACGUAUUCUACUUCAUUGGAUGUUUGGGGCGUCGGUUGCAUAUUCUUAGAAAUGAUUACUGGGUUUCCCUUAUUUCCUGGAACAAAAGGAGUUAAAGAUCAGCUGGAUAAAAUCUGGAAGGUUUGUGGAUCCCCUGAUGGAGAAUGGUAUAGCACUUAUAAUCUGUUUACAACUGAAGACUUUGAUAAUUAUUCCGAGAAAGAUAUCAGCGCCUUUAUCCCAAGGCUUAACGAAAUCGACGGAGCGGAAGAUAUUGCUUCAAAAAUGAUACAGUGUCACCCAGAGAGACGAAUAACUUGCGACGAGGCAUUACGUCACAGCUACUUCUCGGACUUACCAAAAGAGGUUUAUGUUUUGCCUAACUCGGCGUCAAUAUUUACAGUUAACGGUAUUGUUCUUGAAAAGGAAAUAGAACGACCUCGUGAGACGAGAGGUGGCGUGGAUGAGUCCUCAAAAGGGUAUAUGGUUUAAUGAUUGUGGCAAUGCGAUGCUGGUGCCAUUGGUUUUCCAAGUAGAAUGUCAGCUAGAUGGCCGAUUCUCUAACAAACAUUAUACCAUCCCAUAGUCUCUAAUGUAAUUCCGUUUAAUUAGAGAGAGGGGGAGAGAGAUGUAAUCCUUUCCUUCAAAGUCGCUUAAAGCGAAAUUGUAUUUGCUAGAAGCAAACAAUAUUCAUGAAUUUAAUUGAAGUUUUCUUUAUUUUGCAGCUUGCUUAAAUAAGCAACCUCUAUGUAGGUCAAUAAUUUGCUUGCUCUUGCUUUUAAUAGAUUCAUCUUUGCUUGAGCCGUGUCAGACGCUUUUUAGAAAUUUAGUGUACUGAAUAGUUUUGUGGUGUUUUGCUUUUAUUUCCUUUUGUUUAUCCGCAAGAACAACCAUUACUUUUACGUUGAAGAUUGUAAGAAUCGGGAAUAAAAAAAUUGAUUCCAAUCGUGAAUAUUUUCUCCUUCUAGUGGUGGUCGUCCAGCCAAUUUUUUCAAUGUUGACAAAACUUUGGGCCUCUCAGAGAAGUGAUUACACCUUUUUAAAAGCAAUGUCCCUACAAUUAGCUUUCUUCAAUGGGGGUGUAGCUCGGUUUGAACCAAUCAACGUACAAGAAGGUUGGCCUAAGCCAAUCAAAUCACAGAUCUGUCGAGCUCAAUUACGCAUUUCAUUGGCAGUUUUAACGAUGUAUAUGAACACACUGCCUUUACCUUUUUAGCAAACGAAAUAGAAACAUUCCCAUGUCUUUAUGAGGUGUAAGCUUGGUUAAGCAUUUUGUCAUUUAUUGUCAUAGGAUAUUGUCAUUUAAACCUUUGACAAUUCAUAUUACGGUUACUUUUCCUACCAACAUUUCUCUGUUAGUUGGUUGGUAAACUGUUUUAGGUUUACCUUUUCAUUUCCCAGAAAUAAAUUUGAGUUCUAAGAACUUGUAGUUGCAGAUGACUUGCUUUCUUCUAACUCAGGGUUUGAUUUAGUCGCUUAUUGCAUUUGUAAAUAAUUAUUUGUAAAUAGUGUUCGCGUUGAUUUCAUUUUUUCGGUUCUAGCUGCUUGCUAUAGACGAGCUUUUCAAUUUUGCGUAGAAUCUUUAGAAUGAAGAUAUCAUUCAUUUGUACAGAAAGGUUAGAUGGUA